AUAACACAGACGGGGGGGCCAAUAGGUCUGGGCCUUUAGAUAUGGGUGACGUGGAACGCCUGCGCCACGCACGCUGCGAGUCUCAGAUAUUUUCCGUCCUUAUCGCCCCAUCGGCCGUUGGAUUCGUGGCGGUUUACCGCUGGACUCGGGAGAUUCACCGUUCGAUCUCGCAAUCUGGACCGUCCGUUCUCCGCUGAUUUUAGUGGUCGUCUUCAAGAUAUUUUUGCUCCUCCGCCGCUGAAAUUCUUUGGGGGAAAAGAAAAGUCACUUUUCCUCUCCAGUUUUCCUCAUUCACCAAUUCUUUGCUCUCUCUCUCUCCCUCUCUCUCUCUCUCUCUCUCCGUAUUUGUGUGCGUUGUGUGGUUUCGGAAUUCGGGAAAUGGGGGAAGUCGUUUUGAGCAGUGACGAGUGUAUGGAGUUGGACGUGCUGCAGGAGGCCAAGUCCACGGGAAGAGAGGUAGAUAUGGAGAAGAUGGAGGAUGGGUCUGGAGGCGGUGGGGGUCUUGUGAGGUGGGAGAGGUUUCUUCCUCGGAUGGCUCUGAGGGUCUUGCUGGUGGAAGCUGAUGAUUCUACUAGGCAAAUUAUCGCUGCUCUGCUCAGGAAAUGCAGUUACAGAGUUUCUGCUGUUCCUGAUGGCUUAAAGGCAUGGGAGGUACUGAGGGGAAGACCCCACAACAUAGACCUCAUACUGACAGAAGUGGAAUUGCCAUCAAUAUCUGGAUUUGCUCUCCUUACUUUGGUUAUGGAGCACGAGAUCUGCAAAAACAUUCCUGUUAUAAUGAUGUCCUCACAUGAUUCAAUUAGUAUGGUUUACAAAUGCAUGCUGAGAGGCGCUGCUGACUUUCUUGUUAAGCCUGUCAGGAGGAAUGAGCUGAAGAAUUUGUGGCAGCAUGUUUGGAGAAGGCAAUCUCAAUCGAGCAGUGGUGGAAAUGGCCCCCAGGAUGAGAGUGUUGCAGAACAAAAGGUUGAAGCCACUGCUGAAAACAAUGCUGGAAGUAAUCAUUCAAGUGGUUAUAAGGCUUGUAUUCAGAGAAAUAAAGAAUGCAUUGAGAAAGGGAGUGAUGCUCAGAGCUCUUGUACAAAGCCAGACAUGGAAGCUGAGAGUGCAUACAUGGAAAAUAUGCAGGAUCCCUCACAAACAAAAUGGAGAUCGCUUGCGAGUGACACAGAGUUACAGAGGCAUGAUACAGAUGUUGAAUUGGAUCAGAAAUUGCUUAUGCAGGAGAACAAAGCUGGGGGAUCCGCAAUGGCUUUGCACAAGGAUGCUAACACAGUUUCCUGGAGCAAGGAAGCAGAGCAAGAAAGUCAAAAGGAGGAUCCUAAUAACACUAGUGAAGCUUGUGACAACAACGAUGUGCUUCUUAACUCUUCUAAAGAAGCCAUUGACUUGAUAGGAGCAUUUGACAACUAUUCAAAAUGCAGUUACAGAAACCCUGGUUCAAAUACUGUCACGAGCAACUUUGAUUCUCCUCCACAAUUGGAUCUUUCCUUGCGAAGAUGUCAUCCUCUUGGCUCUGAAAAUCAGAUUGCAAAUGAGAAGCACACCCUAAACCAUUCCAAUGCAUCAGCCUUUUCACGGUAUAUUAACAGGACAAUGCCACCUGUACGCCCUGCACUGGCUGGUGUUUGUAAUCAGCAGAAGGAAUGUGCUACUGAUUCUGAUAAACAUUUACCCACUUGUCUUCCUGCUAAUAAUUCUGAUCCUCCUGGGCCAAGUCCGACGCUACUCAGUCAGAGAACUAUAAAUGCCAUGGCUACUAGUCAAUCUGGACAAGCAGAAACUGCCAUUCCUUGCCCUCAACAGAGAGUAUUUCCUGUUCCAGUCCCGGUUAGAGGCAUAAAGAUUGAUAAUAUCUGUGCUGGAUAUGGGUCUGCAAUAUUUUGCGCACAAUCUGGCCCAUCACCAUUGCAUAGUCCAACCUCAGCCAGCCAGCAGGAUGGUUCCAUACAAGUGAAUCGAUUUCAUCAGUCCAGUUUUGAAACCAGUAGUUCCAAACAACUUUUUGAACCAUUUGGUCAGAAUGCCACCACCAAUCUGAACCACCAAAUUAGACACAAUCAAGAGCACAAGCUUGAAUCAUUGGAUGAUCGAGGACAUUUUUCGCCUGCCACUGAUCAGAGUGGAAGUAGCAGUUUGUGCAAUGGCACAGCAAGUCAUCUUAACAGCAUUGGGUGUGGUAGCAUUUGUGGAAGUAAUGGCACUGUCAAUCCUGUUUCUGUUGGCACGACAAGUCAUCUUAACAGCAUUGGGUGUGGUAGCAUUUGUGGAAGUAAUGGUGCUGAGGGUGGGAAUGAAGAAGGUUUGUUUGCUCGCGAUGGAAACUUGCAUCGAUCCAUUCAAAGAGAAGCAGCUUUGACCAAAUUUCGAUUGAAAAGGAAAGACAGAUGCUUUGAGAAGAAGGUUCGUUACGAAAGCAGAAAGAAGCUUGCAGAGCAGCGUCCCCGAGUGAAAGGACAGUUUGUUCGUCAGGUGCCCACUGAUCCCCGACCUGUGGAAAACAAUAAUUUCUGUGGCAAUUCAUUGGACGGUUAGCUAAUCGGCUUCCUUCAUGAUAAAGAGGUUAGACCACAACCGUAGAUCUCAAGGUAAUUGUCACACAUUGGAUCCUUCGUCUUCUGCUGAAGUCUGAGAAAUAUUGGAGAGAGACUGAAGGAAAUCCAGAGAAGUUUUCUAACAUAAGUUGCUUGUUCCUAAUUUUUCCUUGUGGGUAUUGGCAGCAAUCAUGUAAUCAUUGUAAAAUAGUAUUGUAGUUUUUUAAUCAAAAUAUUUUUUUAAGAGUA